CGGAAAAGGCUGGGGCGUUGCUCUACUGACCCAGAGCUGUCACCUAAGAUGACCCCAUCUCCGUGGCGCUCUGUCACGUGGACCGCGGAGCGUAAAGGCAGCUAAAAAACAAAACAAAAACCAAAUGCUGGAAAUCCUCUUGGCUGCUUCGAUGUGGAACCUUUUUUUGCCAGAAGGAGAAAGGAGAAAUCGGAAGUGACGUUGCAACCAAAACAAGCCUGGGCGUGAGGUCUGCACCGAAUCUCGGGCCCUCAGCCGCCCGGGGAGAGCCGGCCGCUCCCUGGGGCUGAAGGCUGCGGCGCGGCGCCUCCCCCGCGGGCCUGGGUCCGCCCGGCUCGCGCGGCGACGCCGGGACACCUGUCGCUGUGGGGCCUCACUCGCUUCCGCAGCACCUUCCUCUCGCUGUGGGACGAGCUCAGGGCUCGAAGAACCGGGGGCUUCCACCGGCGCCUCGCCCGGAUGCUCUCCGUGCGACAGAUCGAGAUUUUUAAAUAUCCAAAUUCUAAGAAUACACUGGAUAUUGCUCUUAUACCUUCAAGAAGAAUCAUGAGAAAAAGUUUUAAUUAUUAAAAGCUAGAGUUGAAAUCAUGGCUACAUCAUCGAACCUGGAUACAGCCCAGCUGAUAGUGGAAGAAUGCCCGAGCAGUUAUGGUCUCUCUGGCAUGCCAGACAUUAAAAUAGAGCAUCCACUGGACCCAAAUGCAGAGGAGGGAUCGGCACAGGGCAUUGCCAUGGGAAUGAAAUUUAUACUGCCCAACCGCUUUGAUAUGAAUGUGUGCUCACGAUUUGUGAAAUCCUUAAAUGAAGAAGAUAGCAAAAAUAUUCAAGAUCAAGUUAAUUCUGACCUGGAGGUGGCAUCUGUCCUAUUUAAAGCUGAAUGCAAUAUCCAUACAUCUCCUUCUCCUGGAAUUCAAGUAAGACACGUCUACACACCCUCUACCACGAAGCAUUUCUCCCCCAUAAAACAGUCAACUACUUUAACCAACAAACACAGAGGAAAUGAGGUCUCCACCACACCUCUGUUAGCACAUUCUCUGUCUAUCCACCAGUUGGCAGCCCAGGGAGAGAUGCUCUACCUGGCGACCCGCAUUGAACAAGAAAAUGUUAUCAAUCACACGGAUGAAGAAGGAUUUACUCCUCUGAUGUGGGCUGCAGCACACGGGCAGAUCGCUGUGGUAGAGUUUCUACUUCAGAAUGGCGCUGAUCCCCAGCUGUUAGGAAAAGGUCGAGAAAGUGCACUGUCACUGGCUUGUAGCAAAGGCUACACAGACAUUGUCAAAAUGCUGCUUGACUGUGGCGUCGACGUAAAUGAAUAUGACUGGAAUGGAGGGACACCUUUGCUUUAUGCUGUGCAUGGGAAUCAUGUGAAGUGUGUAAAGAUGCUUUUAGAAAAUGGAGCUGACCCAACAAUUGAAACAGACUCUGGGUACAAUUCUAUGGAUUUAGCUGUAGCCCUGGGCUAUAGGAGUGUUCAACAGGUCAUCGAGUCACAUUUGUUGAAGCUUCUUCAAAAUAUCAAGGAGUGACACGCACGGUCCUUAGGGAACAUCGUCUGGCCUCUAUUCACUUUCUAGUCCUUAUAAAUGAUAGUUUUGUUUACUUUUAAAUUUUUACCUCAGUUGCAAUAUUUUCUGAUUUUAAUAAGUUUUAAUAAAUAUUCUUCAAAGUAAUUUACUGGCUUAUAAAAAAUUAAUGCUUUUUUAUAAAUGUUUUACUGUAUAUUUUAAAUUAUAAAUUAAUGUUUGUGGCAUGUAAAUUUUUAUGGUACAGAUAGUUAUCAGUCUUUGUAUCAAGUGCUGUAAUUUGACACUUUCAGAAAAUUGUCCCCCUAUUCAUCUUGUCUUAUAUUAACUCAUUGACUUUACAUAGGGUUUGCUCUGAGAUCAUAGGAAAAAACCAUCAUUGUGUAAUGCAAAAGUGCACAGUGUGAUUGUUUACAAAAUGGUGUUAUAAAUAAAUACUUUUUCUGUUGGUUUGA